AUGAAAAUAUGGUUCCCGAAAAAACAUGAUCCGCUCACCCACCUGCCGGGGGAUUUGGAUACGUAUAAGAAAAAGAACCAGGUGUUCCGGCAGGUACAAACUAAACAGUAUGAGAAAAGCCCGUCUGGAAGCAGUGCUGCGAUCGGAGGAAGUGUGGCCGCUGUUGUAGCUGUUGUGAUUGUUAUUUUGGUCGCAUACAUUGUUGUAAGGAAACGCAGAAAUGCUAGCAAAGAAGGGCGUGAGAGUAACAACUACAUACCACCCAAUCGGCGUUCUAGUAGAAGAGAUGAACACGUAUAUGUAAAUGUUGUUACAAGUGACUGCAAGAAUAGAACAUCAUUAGCGGUUGAAUCAGCAAACGUGAAUGAGACUGACAUUGACGAAGACGAGGUUAUUUAUGUCAAUGGCCCAAACGACAUAAAAUUGCGAGGAGAAACCAAAAUUUUAGUGUCUAAAUUGAAAGAAGUUGUAACAACUAAACACGAAAAUGAAAUGUACGAGGUGGAGUUUAAGAGUUUACCGCAUGGCUUGAAACAUCCGCACGAAACAUCAAAGCUGACACAAAACUUACAACUGAAUAGAUUCAAAACUACAUUUCCGUAUGAUCAUUCAAGAGUUAUCCUUAAGAAGGAAAAGAAAAACAGCACUGACUACAUCAAUGCUAAUUUUAUCGAUGGUGUCCGAAAACAGAAGGCAUACAUUGCUACACAAGGCCCAAAAGCUGUAACGAUGGAGGAUUUCUGGAGGAUGACAUGGCAAAACAAUUGUGGAAAAAUUGUCAUGCUGGCAAAUCUAGUGGAACUUGGAAAGGUUAAAUGUACGACAUACUGGACAGGAGAUGAUGGACACCCCUUGGAGCUUGGUCUAUUUCAAGUGACAAUGCAGGAAGAGAUGACUUAUGCAUUCUAUACCAUUAGGAAACUUUCAGUGAAGAACAAAGAAACAAACAGCACAAGACAAAUAACACAGUACCACUUCACAAGAUGGCCAGACCACGGAGUACCGGAACCUUUUGAACUCCUUCAAUUCCAAAAGCGAGUGUCGAGUGGACAUACCAAACAUAAAGGUCCUUUAAUUGUACACUGCAGUGCUGGUAUUGGACGAACUGGCACUUACAUUGCACUCGACGCUUUGUUACUGGAUGGAAAGAACAAUGGAGAUAUUGACGUAUUUGCGUACACUGAAACAAUGAGGAAAGACCGAAUGAAUAUGAUACAAACGGCGAAACAGUACGAAAUGCUUCAUUAUGUACUAUUGGAGGCUUUAAAAGUUGAAACGGAAAGCAUGUCAAAGACGGACUUUUGUAAGGCUAUCGCGGACAUGUUUGAGGACAACAUUCCAACCCAGCAGUAUGCAAUGGUAAAUUUAGAAAGACCUGAAUAUAAUACCAGUGACUAUAAGACAGCUUUAACGAACAAGAAGAAGAACCGGGACCCAUCAAUCUUAGCAGUUGAAAAGUACAGGACACGUCUAAUGUCUACGCCAUCGGGGUAUAUCAACGCUGUCAACAUACCGGGAUACAGAACCCCGUAUGGUUACAUACUUACUCAGCAUCCCCUGGACUACACCGUCACUGACUUCCUAUCUUUGGUGGCAGAGGAACGAUCGGGAAUAGUGGUGUCAAUUGGUUCUUUAGAGAGUAAUCCGAGUUGGCCUACAACAGCAGGAUCUCAGGCAAAGUUUGGCAACUUUCUUAUUACAAAUAUUCAAAGUAAUCACCAUUCUCUUGGAUCUGAGCGAGUUGAAGAACGGCAGCUUGCCAUAGAAAAUAAAGAAACCGGGGCUGACACAAAGAUAACACUUUUCGAAACACCUUCUUGGGGUAGAACAUUGCCAAAGUCAAGCUUUAUGAUGGAACUGAUACAGACAAUCCAGUGUAAGCGAGGAUUAGAUGCACCCGCUGUUAUCAUCACAUGCAGAGAUGGCGCUACAGAAAGCGGUCUCUUAUGUGUACUGUGUAAUGUAAUGGAGCGCCUAGAAGUCCACGGUGACGUAGACAUCAUGGCAGCGGUCAGACAGAUCCAGAUUCGGCGACCACAGUGUAUCUCCAGCAAGGAACAGUACAUAUUUUGCUACAGAUUAAUACAGGACUACCUGGAGGCGAGCACUGUCUACGCCAAUGUGUAA